AUGAACAUUGACACUGACACUCAGUGGGCGUACUGCAGUGGUUUCCGUGACUACUUCAACGCGAAGGCCGACUAUGUCAGGAACCAAGUUGGCAAUCCUGAAGGUGCCGACAAGCCCAAUAAGAAGUACUACGAUCCCAGAGUCUUUGUUCGUGAGGGUGAAAAGACUAUGACCAAGCGCGUUAUUGAGGCUUGCAAGGACCUUAAGAACGAGAACACAUAUUAA